GGGAACUCUGGAAGUGUGGACGGCGAAGCUGUGGACACGAGAACGAAUGGACCGACAGACUCGGGCGUAGGCCAACAGCAGAAAGAAAGCCUGUGGCGCCAGGUCUAUUGUUAGUGGCGGUUAAUGAUGGAGUCCAGCAGCGAAACCAAGAGGAUGACCUCUUACCUCCCAAGCAAACCCUCAGCUGAGAACCAAAAGCUGACCUCACCCAGAGAGCCAGGCUGCAGCUGGCUGGUGGUGGUUGCAGCCAUAGCGGCCUCUCUGAGCGGCCUGAUGUUGGGCUACGAAAUGGGGCUGACUUCUGGGGUCCUGCUGCAGCUGCGGGGCCUCCUCUCUCUCUCCUGCAGGGAACAGGAACUGCUGGUCAGCUCCCACCUGCUCGGUGCACUCCUCGUCUGCCUGGCCGGAGGAACAUUUUUAGAUCGCUACGGCCGACGCUGCUCUUUGCUCCUGAGUGCUGUUCUAGUAGUUGGCGGCACCGUUGUGCUCAUCGCUGUGGCUUCUUUUGUUGCACUGACACUUGGCCGUGUAAUUGUGGGCAUGGGAACAUCUCUUUCAGGGACAGCAGCUUGUUUGUACAUUGCAGAGAUCUCACCGAGGGAGAGGAGGGGUCUCCUGGUGACGCUGUACGAGUUGAUGUUGGUUGUUGGUGUAAUGCUGGGAUUCGGCUGUAGUUACGCCUUUGCUACCGUACCUCAUGGCUGGGUCUAUACAUUUGGACUAGUAAUUCCUCCAGCACUCCUGCAAAUAGGUGCGCUCAUAUUCCUCCCACCCAGUCCACGCUUCCUCGUUGCUCAGGGCAAAGUGGAGCGGGCGAAGAAAGUGUUGGCCAGAAUGAGAUGCGUAAGUAAGGAGCGUGUGGAAGUGGAGCUCAGGGAUAUCCAGGUUGGACUGAAAGAAGAAUCAGAGCAUAGCUUCUUGGAGCUUUUCAGUGCCAAAGCUAAUCUGCGUUCACGGCUCCUAAUAGGUGUGGCCUUAGUCUUCCUCCAGCAGGCUACUGGACAGCCCAACAUCCUUUCCUAUGCUUCGCCACUUCUCCGCAGCGUUGGCUUCAACAGUGAUGCUGCAGCAACCCUGGCCUCCACGGGGUUCGGAGUCGUAAAAGUAGUUGGUACCAUCCCUGCCGUGUUGCUGGUCGACCGAUUGGGACCCAAGAGCUUUUUGUGUGUGGGUGCUGUCGCUAUGGGAUUGUCGCUGGCUGCCCUUGGUACAUUGACUCUACAAAGUCACACUCACCUCACAAGCCUGUGCAAUAGCCAAAGCCCUCUAAACAACACGCAUAUGCCAUGGGAUUUAAACGAAACCUUCACAGACUUUGAGAAUAGUGGCACUUUGUCUACCCACCUGGAAAACCAGUGGAACACUGAACAGGUGCAGGGGCUCAAAACAGAGAAUGAUGCAGUGUGGGAAUCAGUAGGAAGAAGGACUCUUGUUGAAGUGUCUUCCUCACUGAAGUGGGCGUCAUUGAUCAGCCUGCUGGUGUAUGUGGCAGCCUUCUCAAUUAGUCUUGGACCAAUGGUGUACGUCGUUCUCAGUGAGAUCUUUCCGAUGGGAGUCAGAGGUAGAGCUGUGUCGGUGGUGUCAGCUGUAAACUGGGCCACAAAUCUGCUGAUCUCCAUGACCUUCCUCACCAUCACGGAAAACAUCGGUGUGCCCAAUGUUAUGUUCCUGUACUCCACCAUGAGCUUUGUUCUGCUGGUAUUCGUCGUCCUCUUUGUCCCUGACACCAAAGGUCGCACACUGGAGGAGAUCUCAAAAGAGCUAGCUAAGAAGAAGACUUUUAAGGUGAGAAUUUCCAGGCCGGUUCAGCCUCAAGAGAGCCUGAUCAGGGACAGCAAACCUACACAACAACUGUCCUGAGAGUCAAGAGCAACGAUCAAGACAAUAUACAAUCAAAAAUAUCCAUAUAUCUAGAAUAAUCCUUUAAUUGUCCCACAAGGGGAAAUUUGGUUGUAACAGCAGCC